UGCGCAUGCGCAGUGGAAGAAGGAAGUGCAGAAUGUAAACAUGGCAGCCAUUCAGUGCAUAGCGUAGAGCACACGUUUUAGCGUUAUUUACUACUUUAUAUUUGUUUGAUGUGAAUUAAAAUGGAUGAUACUUACCCGUACCCUGCUUCGGAUGCCCCUCCACCUCCGGGCUUCAGUAAUAACUAUGCACCACCGGUACCCCCACAAAACAUGACUGCUAAUGCUCAUACGGCUAGUACAUCCGCACCGGGGGAUAAUCAUCACGUUUCUACUUGGAACACCUCACAGAUGUCUUUUCGUCCACCAUCAUUUCCAGGAUCAGGGAACUUUGGUGCCCCUCCUAUGCCUUUUCCCCAUCCCUUUAACCCAGCUCUUCCACCUCCUCAGAUGGGAUACCCACCACCACCAGGCAUCCAUCCUGUCCCCUCUCCUGGUCCUCAUCCUGUGCCUCUUCGUGGCCCUCUUCCUGGUCAUCUUGGUUCUCUUCCUGGUCCUCCUGGUUCUCUUCCUGGUCCUCGAUCUGGUGCUCCUGGUGCUCCAGGUUCUCUUCCUAGCCCUCUUCCUGGUCCUCCUGGUUCUAUUUCUGGUCCAUUUCUUGUCCCUCCUGGUUCUCUUCCUGGUCAACUUCCUCGUCCUCCAGGUCCUCUUCUUGGUCCUGGGCCAUGUCCUGGACCUGAAGGUCCUCUUCCCGGACCUGGUCCUGGUUCUGUUCCAGGCCCUCCUGGUUCUUUUCCUGGUCCUUGCUCUGGUCCUCCUGGUCCUCUUCCAGGUCCUUCUCACCCUGGUCCUCAUCACGGUCCUCGUUCUUUUACUCUUCCUGGCCCUCACCAGGGUCCUCCUCCUGGUCAACUUCUUGGUUCAAGUUCCGGUCCUCCUUUCUCGCAAUCAAACUACCGGCCUAGAUCACCCGCUCAAUCCCCACACCAAAAUCAGUAUUAUCAAAAGUUUUCAGAGAGUGGGAAUACAUUUAUUUGUGAAAAAGAAAUGUUUGUGGCACCGACCAUAAGGCCCCACUCUGAAGACGAAGCAACAAUUCAGCGUAGCGACGACCAGAAGUGGAUCAAUCAGUUCUUAGAAACCAAGGGAAGAAUAAAAAAGCUCUACAAAAUGAAUGAAAGUCUUACACCAGAUCAAAUUACUAUUUGCCAGAUGAAAAAAACAUUGUACUCCACUGUUCAGCUUGUGUCACAGAUGUCAAUGAUAUGUGAAAAUCUGAAACUAAACGUGGACAGUGAGAAUGGAUGGACAAAUUCUUAUGUAAAAGCUGUUGAAAUUAAACAAGAAAUCCAGAGCAGACUACAACUUUUAAGUGACAAUGAAAAUUUGCAAAGAGUGAAAGCAAAGUUGGCCACCAUUGCCAAGAGGAAAACCCGCAGACAGAGAACGAAACAACGGCUACAAAUGGACAAGCAACAGAGAGAAGCCCAAAUAGCGGAAAAAGAUGCUGAUAUAGAAAAGUGGAGGUUGAAGAAAAUACAAGAGGAGGAGGAGAAAAAGAAAGAAGAGGAGCUAAAGCUGACUGCAGAUGCUGUACUUUGUGAGGUCCGAAAGAAGCAGGCAGAUGUGAAGAGAAUACAGGACAUUCUCAAAUCUUUGGAAAAAUUGAGAAAACUGAGAAAAGAAGCCGCAGGCAGAAAAGGUAUUUUUACUGAUCAGCAGUCGGACGAUAAUUUCAACAAAAUCUUGGAGGAACUGAGGAGUGUGGCUAAGAAAAGGACCGCUGUGUACGGAGCGGAGGAGAGGGCUCUGAUGGUGAUGCUGGAGGGAGAGCAGGAGGAGGAGAGGAAGAGAGAGCUGGAGCUGAAACGAAAGAGGGAGAGGGACAAACAGAUGCUGAUUAAACGCAAAGCUGACAUUAUAUUGUUUGGGGAUGAUACGCCUCCUGAUCCGUUCAUUCAACCCUUCAGACAGUAUUACACCCAGGGUGAAGAAUCACUACCAGCUUUAAUACAAAUAAGGAGAGAGUGGGAUGCCUUCCUGGUGCCUGCAGAUCAUCCUGAGGGUUCUGCUAUUCCUCAGGGCUGGGUUUUACCAGAUCCUCCCUCAGACCAGGCCUGGGCCUCUGCUCUACAGACCUCAGAUACAGAAUGUGACGAUGUAUAAAAACUGACUGUAGCUUGUUAUGGGAAAUCAUUACAUGUGACAUUCUACUUUCAGCCAUAUUGGACAUUUUAAAAUUAUUUAACAUCAAUUGUUUACACAUCACAAUAAAAGUGUUACAUUCCUGUAAUGACAUGUAUUUGUAUGGACAACAUUUAAAUUUUAAUAACAUAAAGGAUAUUUUCUCA